GCAUAAUGUAUCAUGAAGUUCGUUGAACAUAAUGCAAAAAAAUGUUUUCCGUCAUGUAAAAUACCUUGACCUCUUCAGAGAUGGUAUAUUCUAUCAGACGUUGCCGAAGUUUACGGAGUUUUAAGAUGUCCCCAAGAGCCACGCGCGUACACGGCACACAGGUCAUUGUUGCCUGUCACCAAGUCAAACAAAGGGGAGGAGCCAAUUGUUUAACGUUGAGAUUGGUACCGACUGUGCUCACACGUACAUCGGGGUGCCAAGCAAGUUUUGAUUUUGUUCGAGCGCCAGUAGGCCGAUUCCUAGAGGCGCAAGAUGAAGGCUAUUUCUGUGUUCGCCUUUCUGGUGCUCGUUGUAGCAGGCCAAGGUGCCCGCGACAACAAGGGCACAAAGUUCAUCCUGACGUUCACAGAGAAUGCGCAGCGUAACGGGAUCGACCCCAGGCUGGUGGUGGCGGGAACUACUCAGACUCCCGCCACUGUCAGUGUGGAAGUCCCUGCCGCGGGAUUCCAACAAACGUUUGACAUCAAGUUCGGAGAGGUCAACACCGUUGACGUGCCACGCACGGCCGUAGAGCUCCGCGGAAGCGCAACCCAGAACACUGGUAUCAUCAUCACUGCCACCGAUGAGAUCGUGGUUUAUGGAGUCUUUGCGGAACGAGCGUCUUCUGACGCCUUCCUGGCCCUUCCCACCGACGUGUUGGGGACAGAGUAUUACGUGUCCUGCUACAAUCCGAGUUCCAACGAACCAUCACAGUUCGGAGUUGUCGGCAUCAGAGACGGAACGACCGUCAACAUCGUGCCCACGCAGGAUGUGACGUUUGACGGGACAGCGUACACGGCCGGGCAGACCAUCACCGUCACUCUGGACCGGCUGCAGACUCUACAAGUACAGAGUGAUGCCGACUUGACAGGGUCCAAAAUCACCUCCGACAAGAAAGUUGGUGUUCUGAGUGGCAAUCUCUUCGUCAUCAUUGGUAACGGGCAGUCCGGAACAGGUGACCACAUAGUAGAGAUGAUCCCACCCGUGGACACCUGGGGGAAGGAGUUCGUCACCGUGCCGCUGGCCAAGAGGACGGUGGGGGACAAGUUCAGGGUCAUCGCCGCUAGGGACAACACACAGGUAAACGUCACAGAAAAGAGCGCUAGCCCCGUCACUCUGAACGCCGGUGAGUUUUGGGAGUUUAAUCCCGGAACUGACAAGUCCCAUUAUGUGGUUGCAACUGAACCCGUAAUCUUGAUGCAAUACAGUAAAACCGGUGACGCCGACAACACAGAUACCGACCCCUUCAUGCUGAUGAUCCCGCCCCUGCAGCAGUUCGCAGCUGACUACACAUUUGCAACCGCUCAGCUGAUAUCUGACCCUUCAUCGGUGACUCACCACGUCAACAUCGCGAUAAGGGAUUCUGAGAAGGCUGGACUGCUUCUGGACGGCAAUCCGCUCGACCCCAGCGUCACCUGGACUCCCAUCCCCGGCACCGCCUGGUCUGGCGCCCAGAUCGACAUCGCCGAUGGCACGCACACCUUGGUCCACACCUCCCCCAUUGUCACCUUUGGAAUCUCCGUGUACGGCUUCACACAUCCCGAGUCGUACGGCUACCCGGGAGGCCUCAGGCUGGCCCAGAUCGCUGCCCCCUGCGUGGCCACUGCCACCAUUUCCGGUGACGGCGUCGAUAACGACUGUGACGGGCGGAUUGACGAGGAGCUGGCGAACGGACUGGACGAUGAUGGUGACGGAGCAAUCGAUGAAGAUCUGGCAGGACCCUCUUCAGAGGCACCGGUUCCGUGUGAGAGUGACAAGGACGAAUAUAAGAACUGUGUGGAGCAGAACCUGGGCAACUGUGUCGUCACUGCGCUCCUGAGCAGCGGCACCGCUCGGAACAACCGCGUCAGGAGGGCCGCAGAGGAGGCAGAGGACUUCGCUCGAGAGGCGGAGGCAGAGGAGUUCGUCGUGGCCGCCAUUGCUGUCGUCGCCAUGGGUGUGGUCAUGGUCGUCGUCAUGGCGAUGACGUAUCACCUCCAGAAGCAGCGCCUCCUGGCGGCCUAAUUGACCUAGUAGGCAUACAAGAUACCCAGCUUUGAGCAUGAUACAAAUAUGAUUUAUAGUUGCAUGAUACCUGGUAAAUAAACUUAUCAGUAGUUGCUGAUAUCAACACCUACAACGUCAACAUACACAAAUAAACGUACUAAAUAACAAAUGUAAUUGUUUCUUCCUUCUACAUAUUUUAUGAGGUCGCUUGAAGGAUGGCAUUUGGAUGGUAUCUGGAUCUUAUGUUAAAUGAAGAGUGUUGAAAGUUACACAACCAUAUAUAUGCAUACAGGGCAGAAUGUGUAUAAAAAUGCGGUCUACCUCAUGACGCUUUACGAUAGGCUCUACGUACAGUACAAGUACUUAAGAUUAAUGAAGCAAGGCGGUGAAGUGUAUUAUGUUCUAUUGAGUAGUAAUUUAGCAAUUUUCCGAAAGCUGUAACAUAUUCGUACGAAUGUGGUCUGUUCCAAUGUUUAUGGACGGCCCUGGCAGAGCUUCCCUGUUUAUUUUCCUCGCGUGACAGCUCAAGGGACCUGCUUAUUGGUGACAGAUUCACUCACUUUCCAAUUGAUUAAAAAUCAUAGUGAUAGCUUCAUAUGACAUACGUAUCUUAUACGAGUAUCUUACAAUCUCAUCAUUUGAACCACAUUGACGUUUUCGAACUCUGAAGAUAAUAAAACUCUACCAUCUGUAAGAUGUUAAAAAAACGCAACAACAGAAGAACGGAAUUCAAGAAGUUAUCAAAGGAAGACUUCUAGACAAAUAACACGGUGUGUAUCACAAACACAAAGGGCAGAGUCUACGCGGUUAUCGUUUAGAUUGACACAACCGAGGAUCACACGUACAUCACAGCGGUGUGACGGUACACGGUUUUACAAGAGCGGUUGAACAAGGCCU